CCCCCCAACCCCACCCCACCCAUGGCCGCCGCCACCGCCGCCGCCCCGACCACCACGCCCUCCUCCCGCCUUCUCCUCCACCCCCGCGCCGCCGCCACGCCAUCCCCCACCUACCACCACCUCCUCAGGCGCCACGCCACCCCCUCGCCCCUCCCGCUGCGCCACCGCGCCGCACCGGUGCGCGCCUGGCCUGACAGCGUCACGCCCUUCAACUUCGGCGACGACGACGAUGGCGGCGACGACCACCCGCGCGAGGAGUGCGGCGUCUUCGGCGUCGUCGGCGACCCGGAGGCCUCAUCCCUCUGCUACCUGGGCCUGCAGAAGCUGCAGCACCGCGGGGAGGAGGGCGCCGGCAUCUGCGCCGCCGGGGACGACGGCGAGCUCAAGUCCGUCACGGGCCUCGGCCUCGUGGGCGACGUCUUCCGCGACAAGUCCCGCCUCGAGAGCCUCCCGGGCCAGGCCGCCAUCGGCCACGUCCGCUACUCCACCUCCGGGCCCGGGGGGCCCAACCUCAAGAACGUGCAGCCCUUCCUCGCCGGCUACCGCUUCGGGCAGCUCGCCGUCGCGCACAACGGGAACCUCGUCAACUACACGGCCCUGCGCACCAAGCUCGAGACGCAGGGCUCCAUCUUCAACAACUCGUCCGACACGGAGGUCAUCCUGCACCUCAUCGCCACCUCGCUCUCGCGCCCGCUGCUCGCGCGGAUCUGCGACGCCUGCGAGCGCCUCGCCGGCGCAUACUCGCUGCUCUUCCUCACCGCCGACAAGCUCUUCGCCGUGCGCGACCCCUUCGGCUUCCGCCCGCUCGUCAUGGGCCGCCGCCCCAACGGCGCCGUCGUCUUCUCCUCCGAGACCUGCGCGCUCGACCUCAUCGACGCCGUCUACGACCGCGAGGUGGCGCCCGGGGAGGUGAUCGUCGUCGACCGCAGGGACAUGUCCGUCUCCUCGGCCUGCCUCGUCCCGCACCGCCCGCGCAAGUCGUGCGUCUUCGAGCACAUCUACUUCGCCCUGCCCAACUCCAUCGUCUUCGGCCACGCCGUCCACGAGCGCCGCACAGCCUACGGCCGCGCGCUCGCCGAGGAGUCGCCCGCACCCACCGCCGACGUCGUCAUCCCUGUCCCUGAUUCCGGAUUCUACGCCGCGCUCGGCUUCGCGCAGGCGUCGGGGCUCGAGUUCCAGCAGGGCCUCAUCCGGUCCCACUACACCGGCCGCAGCUUCAUCCAGCCCACGCAGGCCAUCCGCGACCUCGCCGUCAAGCUCAAGCUCGCGCCCGUGCGCGGCGUCAUCGAGGGCAAGAGCGUGGUCGUCGUCGACGACUCGAUCGUGCGCGGCACCACCUCCAGCAAGAUCGUGCGCCUGCUCCGCGACGCCGGAGCGCGCGAGGUGCACAUGCGCAUCUCCAGUCCCCCGGUCGUCGGCCGGUGCCACUACGGCAUCGACACGCCCAGUGAGGGCGAGCUGAUAUCGAACAAGUUGGACAUUGAGGGCGUGCGCAAGAUGAUCGGAUGCGACUCGCUCGGAUUCCUCUCCAUCGACAAGCUGCACAGCAUCUACGGCGAAGAGGCCAAUGAGCUCUGCGACGCAUGCUUUACGCGCAACUACCCGGUGCCGCUCCCUGAGCCGGUGCCGGAGCUAGUGUCGUCUUUCGAAGACUGACAGGCUGAAGUCGCUCUAUUAUGCUCUGCAUCCUUUACAAUACUAGGAUUUUUAGCUUAAUUGUGGGCAUGGCGAAUUGUGUGGUGGCAAAUGCAUUCAUCAUCUGAAUUUUUGCAGGUCUUAUUAAGUUUGUGUCAGUGAGCGAUAGUUUUUCGUGGCCCCUCAA